AUGAAGGAAAAGUCCAAGAAUGCGGCGAAAACUCGACGCGAGAAAGAAAACGGGGAGUUUUACGAGCUGGCCAAGCUGCUGCCUUUACCCUCGGCCAUCACCUCCCAACUGGACAAGGCCUCCAUCAUCCGACUCACCACCAGCUACCUGAAGAUGAGGGCUGUGUUCCCCGACGGUGUUGGGGAAGCGUGGGGUGAGGUGGCGCGCUGCAGUCCGCUCGACUCCAUGGCCAAAGAGCUCGGAGCGCACUUGCUUCAGACACUGGAUGGUUUUGUCUUCGUUGUUGCCUCUGAUGGUAAAAUCAUGUACAUCUCUGAGACAGCCUCGGUUCACCUCGGCUUAUCUCAGGUGGAGUUAACAGGUAACAGUAUAUUCGAGUACAUCCACCCGUCCGACCACGAUGAAAUGACCGCGGUGCUUAGUGCCCACCAGCCUCUUCACCCGCAUUUUCGCCCAGAAUACGAGAUGGAGCGCUCAUUUUUCCUGAGGAUGAAGUGUGUAUUAGCCAAACGGAACGCUGGCCUGACAUCCGGUGGCUACAAGGUGAUCCACUGCAGCGGCUACCUGAAGAUCCGGCAGUACAUGAUGGACGUGUGCCUGUACGAGUCCUGCUAUCAGAUCGUGGGCCUGGUGGCCGUGGGUCAUUCCCUGCCUCCCAGCGGCAUCACCGAGAUCAAACUCCACAGCAACAUGUUCAUGUUCCGUGCCAGCCUCGACCUCAAGCUCAUCUUCCUCGACAGCAGAGUGGCUGAGCUGACCGGUUAUGAGCCGCAGGACCUGAUCGAGAAAACACUGUACCAGCACGUCCAUGGCUGUGAUGUGUUCCACCUGAGAUACGCCCACCACUUACUGUUGGUGAAGGGCCAGGUCACCACAAAGUAUUACCGCAUGCUGGCCAAGCACGGUGGCUGGGUCUGGGUCCAGAGUUACGCCACCAUCGUGCACAACAGCCGCUCAUCUCGACCGCACUGCAUCGUCAGCGUCAACUAUGUCCUCACAGACGUGGAGUAUAAGAACCUGCAGUUAUCGCAGGACCAGAGCAGGUCCAGACCGGUUCUCUCCUAUAAGAACUCCCACUCACCCCCCCAGGACCUACGCAAACAGUUCAAAGCCAAAACGACCAGGAUCAAAACCAAACCCAAAGCGUCUCCGUACCCACAGCUCUCCAUGCCCUCUGAUAAGCUGGACUCCUCUCCGGCGGGCAGCUGGAAGUCCAGUCCACCAUGCAGCCUUUCGUCCUGCCAGGAAAAAAGUCCGGCUCCACUUUCAGUCCCUGAACCCGGCGAGGUGCCCCCCUACACCCUGCCACUGUCGUACCCAUACACCCAGGCUCAUACACACCGCCGCGAGGACUGCAGGAAGUUACUCCCAACGGCGAGUUCCCCCGAGCAGGAAGAGCAGCAGAUCCUCUCGGCUCAGGUUCACAGAGACGGACACUGGGGGGACGCGGGAUCUCCCAAACACCCCCUCAGCCGACACCCGCUCAGCACCAAACCUCAACACAACAGCAACCCAACAACCUCAUCCUACAGCAACACUUACACAGACUGCAGUAAGGUGGCCAGGAGGUUUCCAGGCGAUUCUCUUCACGAGAGCUUCAGUAGCUGCUCCUCGUCCUCCAGACCGAGCAGCCGCUUUAAAGAGGAGCCGUACGAACAUCCCUCCAUCAGCCACAGCAGGCCAGAGAACCACAUUCACGCCUCUAUACGAGGGAGUCCGGAGGCCGGGAAAAUGCUCAAGGGGCCCGCAGAGAGGUCCGAAGUGCCAGUGCCCUGUCUUCUCCUGGGUAAGGGCAGCUACGAUCAGCAACGUGUGCGGCAGGGACUCCAGAACCUCAACCAGAACCUCCCCGUGCAAAUGAUGCUGGAACAGAAACGCAGGCUGCACACGGCCGAGAAGACGCCCGAACCCCAGUGGCAGAACCAGUCCGCCAUCGUGCACUACGACUCCGCCAAGAGCGAGGACAAACGGGUGCUGAUGGGAAUGGGCGUCCAGGGACAGUCUCCCUACGUCUCUCUGAACUUUCAGCACAUCCUGGCAAAGCACGGCUCCUUUCCUGCUUCAUCCUACUCACUCGGUCACCUCGCGGACGGUUAUAGCUACCGGGCCGAGGAGAUCAGUCCGUACUUGUACAGGAGCCAGAGCCCUGCAUCCAGACCGUCUCCUGAGGGCCACGGACAGAUUCCACACUACAUCGGGACCUCCGUCAUCAUCAGCAACGAGAGGUGA